AUGGCAAGCCCAGAUCAAGAUUCCCUAUCGCCGUCGAAUGUUGGCCAGGCGGCGCGGUCACCUCAGUUUGAUUUCAACAACAUUGCGGCUAUGACCGACUACUCGGAUGUACAUUUGACACAGCCGCUGGGGGCAUCAGAAAUGGAGUCUGUCGAUACUUCGCGUGACCCAAUACUAUCUACAACUCAGUCUACUCUUCAACCGUUUUCUCCGCAGCCCGUCAGCCAACUGUCCCCCCAAGGCGCAGCACCAGACCUGACGCAUUCUUCCGCAUCCACCCCUGCGCAGGCCCAACCCCAACCCCAACCCCGUAUCGUCGGCGGCUUUGAAGUUGAUGAUGACCCUGAAGAUGAAGAAGGGACCCCGGAUGGAAAAGACGAGGUUGAUGUCUAUGAUCCAGCCGUUGGCUUGGAUUUCGAUGUCUCUACACCUGCCCCUGCAAGCCCGUUUGAUAGAACUUCCCAGUCACCAGAACAAGAAAAUGGAAUCACUCCUGCUCCUGUCCAGGCAACUGGUAGUCCCGCUGACAUUUCUUCUUCCACUCUUGCCGUUGGUGUUGAUGCACCACGUACUGCAACCGCCACACCUGUUCAAACUGCCUCUAAUGUUCCACCUCAGCCUGAUCCGCCUCGCUCUCCUGUGAACGGUGCUGUCGCUCCAGGCUUGCCCAAGUCUCGACUAGCUCAUGACGUGGUUGGUAUCUUGGAAGAUCGCAUCAAAGACGACCCACGUGGAGACAUCGAUGCAUAUCUCGAACUGAUUCACGAAUUCAAAAGUCGACACAAACAAGAUGAAGUCCGCCGGGUAUACGAGCAGUAUCUUUCUGUGUUCCCCUUUGCUGCUGAACAAUGGUGUGCUUACGUGAGGUGGGAGGAAGAACACGACAGGAUGCGCGCCAUGGAGACCCUUUUCAACCGGUCUCUCCUCGAAGUCCUGGAUGUGCAGCUAUGGUCCUUAUACAUCAACUAUGUACGCCGUCGCAACAGUAUGCAGACGGGCGAUAUUGCCCGAUCUUACAAUAUUAUCAAUGACGCCUUCAGCUUCGCUCUCAAGACUAUCGGCAUGGACAAGGAUUCCGGAAGCCUCUGGCAAGACUACAUCCACUUCUUGAAGACUGGUCCAGGGACCGUGGGGGGCACAGGCUGGCAAGACGGGGCUAAGGUCGAUACUCUACGAGAAGCUUACCAGAAAGCCAUUGCGGUGCCCACCGCGGCGACGACCACCCUAUGGAAAGAGUACGAUGCAUUCGAGACGGGCCUGAGCAAGAUCAAUGGCCGGAAAUAUCUCCAAGAGAAGUCCCCCGUCUAUAUGACAGCCAGAACAGCAUAUACGCAGUUGCAGAACUUAACCAAGGACCUGAGGCGGACCUCGAGGCCACGGUUACCGCCCUCGCCUGGAUUCCAAGCCCACGACGAUUACAUGAAGCAAGUCAGUCUCUGGAAGCAGUGGAUUGACUGGGAAAAAGAGGACAAUCUCGUGCUCAAAGAUGAGGAUCUUGCGCUGUUACGGAGUCGAAUCUUGUUCACCUACAAACAAGCUCUGAUGGCGCUCCAAUUCUGGCCGGAGAUUUGGUAUGAUGCCGUAGAAUUCUGUUUUGCCAACGGUCUCGACAGCGACGGUGUCAAGCUGCUCAACCAAGGCAUUGCAUCCAAUCCCGAAUCACCUUUACUCGCCUUCAAACUCGCCGAUCGCAUUGAGUCAUCCACGCAGAACGACGAAGGAAACGACCCAGGCGCCAAAGAGAGGAUGAAGAAGAUACGAGAACCAUACGACAGAGUCCUGGAUGCCCUGUAUGAAUUGAUCAAGAAAGGGUCUGCACGAGAAAAGCAAGACAUUCAAAACGCAGAACUAGCAGCUACCACGAAUGGAGAUGGUAGUGGGUCUGGCGAAGACGAAAUCAAUGCCGCCAAUGUGACUGCAAAGAAGGCCAUGCUCGACAACGAAAUCGAGAACAUCAAGAAAGCGGCUCACGUGCAGACAAGUCUGCUUAGCCGCAUGAUUUCACACGUGUGGAUUGCUUUGAUGCGCGCGACCCGAAGAGUGCAAGGGAAAGGGUUGCCUACUGACCGUGGCCCAAGUGGCUUCCGUGCCGUGUUCGGAGAGGCUCGCAAGCGAGGGAAACUCACGAGCGACUUCUACGUGGAGUCGGCAAGGAUUGAGUGGCAAUGCUACCGCGACCCGACCGGGACCAAGAUCCUAGACCGGGGUAUGAAGCUCUUCCCGGAGGAUGACUACCUUCCUUUGCAGUAUAUCAAGCAUUUGUUCGAGAUCAACGACGUCACAAACGCACGAGCUGUGUUCGAGACGACAGUCAAGAGACUCCUCGCCCAUGACGAUGCAGAGCACACUGCAAAGGCCAAACCACUGUUUGCAUAUCUUCAUGACUAUGAAUCCAAGUAUGGAGAAUUGGCCCAACUCCAGGCUCUUGAGGACAGGAUGCGGAAACACUUUCCGGAAGAUCCCACUCUCAAGCUAUUUUCCAGCCGGUAUAGCACACCAGCUUUCGACACCAUCAACGUCCACCCAGUCAUCUCCUUGCAGCAGAUUCGGCCUCGUCAAGGCACGGUGGUGCCAUCAGUGGAGGUCCCAGAGCCCAUCAACUCACCUAUUCAAAAGGUGGUUGACUCCAUAACUACCAGUUCUCCCAAGCGGCCCUUCCCCGAUGAGUUCGACGAUGUUGGUCCCCGGAAAAUAGCACGGGGCGAAUCACCUCUCAAAGGAGCUGCCGGCCGUCGGAUGAAUCAACAACAGCAACAACGUCAAGCCAACAACCCUCCCGCCGGACUGCCGCCGUUCCCCGUGCCUCCUCCAUUACCUCCUCAAAUCGCCUAUCUCCUUAGCAUACUCCCCAAGGCAUCAACAUAUGUCGACGCCCGACUGGACGCAGCCAAGAUGGUAGAACUUAUUAGAGACGUUCACCUUCCUCCUCCGGCAGCAGUUGGUGGGCAGCAUCAUCCUCCACCAGCACCAGUCCCGGCCACCAGUUGGGCACCAUAUCAGCCACAUCAACAUCAACCUGUAGCGAUGCCGCCGCAAGGCUACAACAUUGCUCCUCCUGGCGUGACGCAAGGACAGUAUGGAAGUGCACCGUUUCGCUAUGCAUAA